AUGAAAUUAUUUAAUAGUAGGAAAUCGAUUAUAAAGGAGUAAGAUUAAGAAUCUGAUAAAUAACGAUAGAUAGGAGAUUAUCUGUUAGGUUGGUGUUUAGGUUUACAGUAGUUAAAACCCUUGGAUUGGGUACAUUUGGUUUAGUCAAAUUGGCAAUUCAUUAAAUAACUUAGGAGAAAGUAGCAAUUAAAAUUUUGGAGAAAUCUAAAAUAAUAGAUGUGGCUGAUGUUGAAAGGGUCUCUAGGGAGAUACACAUUUUAAAGUUGAUCAGACAUAAACAUGUGAUUCAACUGUAUGAGGUAUUGAAUGAAAAAUAAUCAAAGAUAAUCGAAACAAAGAAAUAUAUAUUUUUGGUUAUGGAAUUCUGUGAUGGAGGCGAACUAUUUGAUUACAUAGUGAAGCAUCAGAAGUAAUUAUCAUGUAGCAUUAAUUAAGACUCUCUGAAAUCGAGGCAUGUAAGUUUAUUCAGGAGUUAAUAUCUGGAAUUGAAUACAUACACAAGUUGAAUAUAGUCCAUAGAGAUCUGAAACCCGAAAACUUGCUAUUAGAUUAUCAAAAGAGUUUGAAGAUUGUAGAUUUUGGAUUAAGCAACACAUAUAAACAGGGAGAACAAUUAAAGACCGCAUGUGGUAGUCCAUGUUAUGCAGCACCUGAAAUGAUACAAGGGAAUAAGUACAAUUCCUUAUUGGUUGAUAUUUGGUCUUGUGGAGUGAUCUUAUUUGCAUCCAUUUGUGGCUAUUUACCAUUUGAAGAUGUAAACACUUCGGCUUUGUAUAAAAAAAUAUUGAAUGGAGAAUAUAAAAUUCCUAAUUUUGUGUCUCCUGAAGGCACAAGUUUUCUGAAAGGAAUUUUGAAUAUCAAUCCAGAGAAGAGGUUUAAUUUGGACUAAAUAAAAUCUCAUCCAUGGUUUAAAUUGUAUCGCCGAUCUCACCCCAUUCCUCCAGGGAUUGUAAUUGGAUAUCACAGAAUCCCUAUUGAUAACAAUAUUGUAUCACAAUUAAAGGACCGAGGAUUUAAUGAAGAGUAUGUAAAAAUAUGUUUGGAUGCAAACAAAUAAAAUAAUGUGACAACUUCAUACUUUUUAUUAAUGAAGAGACAUUUGAUGAAUGGAGGAAUGUCGACUUCCGAUAUAAAUUCAGUGCAUUUUGAACCUAAAUUAUUAGAACCAAUUUAACGCACUUAAAAAGGUAAUCCACACAAUUCUAUGUAUUGUAGCACCUAUACUUGGCUUUUUAGAUGAGUCUAUGCUCAAAACCUUGAAUUCUAAUAGGUCUUAAUCCAAUCAAAGUCGCAAGAACAAGAAAAUGAAUACUCAAUAAAAUAGAGGACACUACUAUUUGUAAGAUGAGAAGUUAAAUAAAUCAAUCCAAAUAAAAUAAUCUCAUCGUUAAGAUAGUUUGGACUCAGAUGAAGAGAUAAGCAAACCCUUUUCUCAGAAUGUUACAUCGAAUGUGAAAAAAUAAAAGGUUAGAACAGAGUCAAAUUAUAAUGCUGAUCAAUCAUUGAAUUAGACAACUUUGAUUGCUGGUAAAAGAUAAUCGAUUUCGCCUGCCAAUGCCAAUCUUAUUCUGUAAUACAUCAGUAAUCAAUAUAUCUAAAUACUUAAUUAGAACAAUAAAAAAAACUAACUCCUACUUCCAUCAGAAAUUCAUGCCAACAAAAACCAAAUAUGUUGUCUUUGAAUUAUCAAAGAAAUGUUUAAACUAUUUAUGACCAUGAAGGCUUGAAGAUUAUGAAUUCAAACAAAUAACAAUCUAAUGAGUAAAAGAGAAGCUAAAAUAACUAAUGGAUGCCCUCAACCAUAAUGAAUCCUUAUUAAUUACUGUUAUAAUUGAAUUCAAGGAAAGGAUCUCGAGAUUUAAGUGCUCCUCAUUCAACUAAAUGUGCAAACAAUCCAAAAAGUAAAUCAAUUAAUAGACAAUUUUGA